AAGAUCUAAUUUUUUGCUCUGUUUCUCACACAAUGGCGGCUUCAUCUUCUUCUUCGUCUUCCUCCGACGUCUCCUCUGAUUCUUCAGACUCUCAUCGCCGCCGUAGAGAUCGCCGCCGUCACCGUAGAAACGACCGUGACAGAGACUCUCUCAAGGUACGGAAGAAGAGCCGAUCCACCUCUAAAAAACGCCGUAGACGCCACAGCUCCUCCGAUUCAUCUGAUUCCUCUUACUCCGACUCCUCCAGAGAUGAGAGCUCAGAUAGUGAGCACGAGAGGUCACGAAGGCACAAGAAGCAUGAAAAGCCAAAGAAGGCUAAGGAUAAGGAGCGAAGUAAGAGUCAUCGUCAUAAAAGGCAUAAGAAUAGAGAUAGAAAGAAAGGGGAAGGAGAAGGAAGCAGCGGUCCUGUUAAACUAUCAAAGUUUUUGAGCCGUGACAAGGACGAUGGUGAGCGUAGGAGUGCCGUCUCAGGGAAAAAGAUUCUUCUGAAGGUCGACAAGUCCAAAGAGGACAAAGCUGCAGAGAGCAAAAGAAAUGAACUGCUUAAGUUCUUGAACGCAAGUUUCGACUAGUUUUGUUUGGCUUAGAUGUUUUUUUUUAAUCAGAUUCUAGUUUGCAUACCUGUCUGGUGAUUCAGAUUCUUGUUUUGUUUAGCCGGAGAACUAAAAUCUGUCAUGUAUUUGAGUUAUUGUUAUAAGCCUUUUGAACUUGCGUCUUGAUUUCUAUUAUCUUGUUUGGUCUUAAAACA